AUGCUAGAGCCUGGUAGUUUCAGAGCUCGUAGUUUCGGAUUUUCCUCGGUUAAACUCAAUAUGAAACCCUUCAGAUUGUUUAGAGGUUUUACUCGGAUUACAGGAAGAAGCUCUAUGAUUAUCUUGGUCUAUGAUUAUCUUGUUGCUAAAAUGGGCGACAUUGCUCCAAAUCUUGCGGCCUUGAUCGGAGACAUGGUUGGGGCAAGGUUGAUUUCGCAUGCGGGAAGUCUGACAAAUCUUGCCAAGUGCCCAUCUUCAACUCUCCAGAUUCUUGGUGCUGAGAAGGCCCUUUUCAGGGCGCUGAAGACACGUGGAAACACACCCAAGUACGGUCUUAUAUUCCAUUCUUCAUUCAUCGGGCGUGCAUCUUCUAAGAACAAGGGCCGUAUUGCUCGUUACCUUGCCAACAAGUGUUCCAUUGCUUCCCGGAUUGAUUGUUUCGCUGAUAGCAGCACUACAGCUUUUGGUGAGAAACUCCGGGAACAAGUGGAGGAGCGACUCGACUUUUAUGACAAUGGUGUUGCCCCACGUAAGAAUGUUGACGUAAUGAAAGAAGUGAUUGACAAUCUUGAGAAGAAAGACGAGGGAGAAGUAAAAGCAGUGGAGGCCUCAGAGAAGAAAACGAAGAAAGAGAAGAGAAAGACAGAGGAGAAGGAUGAGGAACAAGAAGAGGAGGAGAAGUCAAAGAAAAAGAAGAAGAAAAGCAAAGCAGCGGAAGAGGAAUUGACUACAGAUAAUGGUAACAGCAAGAAGAAAAAGAAGAAGAAAACUGACCAAUAG